CUUCGUCGGCGUCUCUUUUUCCAACAGACAGCUUAGUACUGUCGCCUUCACUCGUUCUCACGCCCAUUCAUACGUCCAAGUCUGUCGCUAUUGUACCGCUCUCGUAAUCGAACAUUCCGCCGCAUCCGCGGUGAUGACCAGACCCCGACUCACCCUGUCUCCACCCUCGCUACAAAACACUUCGUAACAAAGAAAUCAAUUUAAUACCUAUACACCAUGAAGAACCUCAUCCUGGCCAUCUUGGCCACCACAAUCGUCGCUCAAAGCACCGAAAAGAUCAUUCCCUUCUCGUCCCUCCCGGCCUGUGCCGCAACUUGCCCCGAACUGAACGCUGCCAACGACGUCUGCGUUCCGCCUGCUGUCCCCGCCGGCAAUACCGACUCAUAUAGAACAUGCGUGUGCAAUUCAGAUCGCCUGGCUGCAUUGAUCACGAACCCAAAGGCUGUUUGCGCCAGCGUGUGCACGACCGAUUCCGACUUCCAAGCGAUUCAGUCCGGAUACAACACACUGUGUGGGAGAAACUCUGAUACGGGCACAAAUAAUCCUGGCGCUACGUCUGCCAAUGCUGGAGCAGCUUCAACGAACUCUCCCUCGCCAAAUUCGACUCAAAAUAAUGAGGAUAAGUCAUGGAUAUCGACGCAUUGGGGGUGGAUCAUCUUCGCCGUCGUACUCGUUGUUGCCAUGGUUGGAGGUGGUUUUGGGGGAGCAUGGCUCAAGCGACGCCAUCGCAGACGCGUCGAUGCAAGGAACGCAAACGUCGCAUCCACAGACAACGUACCACAUCAAGCAGAAAUGAACACCAGCGCAACAAUGCCUGUAGCUACUGCACCAGCCAUGACUCAAGUUCUUGGGAAUCGGGGGAUGGACUCGGGCAUCGCGCCUCCUCGAAGGGCCUUCACCGGACGCUCGACGCGUUCUCGAUCGUCUACUGUGACCAGCAACCACAACGGUACUGGGCCUGUGGUGUGGGGGCCACACCAGAACAUGGCUGCAACGAAUGAUUACAGCAACGUUGUGCCUCCGGGUACGGCGUACAGCGGCGUACACGACAUGCCUGAGCGCAAUUACAACCCCACAAUUUCGAAGAGCGCCCGGAGCAGCAGUGUAUAUAACGACGUAAACACUGCUCCGAUCCCAAGUGCAAGCCCAGGCCCGCCAUCUCCUGUCGACGAAGUGCCAUCACCACCGCGACACACUGACGGAGCCGGCGCUCAACGAAUACGAGAGAUGCGAAGCAAUGAGAGUCUAGAGAGGCGAGGAACACCGACCAGCGUACGAGAGAACCUGUCACGCACAGGAACGCCAGUAGGUGGUAAGCUACGCAAGCAGUAAUGAAGAGUGGUACGCGCCAGAGAGUGUGCCACAGCAUCUAAUCCUUUGCUAAAAUCACAUCACGUUUGAAUAUUUCUUGAGAUUUAUCCUUAAUGAGAGCCUGGUCGAGAGCCGCCGGGGCAGUAAAUAGCUGCCAAUCCUACCACCCGAUACAGGUGCUUUUUCUUCUCUUUUGUUCUCCACAGCAGGCACCAGCAGCAGCAGCACAUCUUUUUCAUAAUGUAUGAUCUAUGUAGUGCUCGGCGGGAGAGAUAGAGAGAAAUGUAUAUGGAGAAUACUGGGAUUUGAGGCGGGGAGUCCGGAACGAACGAGAGAGAGAAAUACCGGGUCAUAGCUGCCCUUUGAACAUCAUCAUUAUCAUCAUCAUCAGCAUAUUGGUCCCUCCUACCGUUAUCUAUUGUCACGCAUACCUGAUGCCCCCAUCACCAGCUUUUUUUCUCUUGUUCUCUGUACAUAUAGAUACAUAUAUAUACCUGGCAGUUC